GUGGUGUGGAGUGUGCAGCGGCCUAUAGUGUUUUUAAUCUGAUGCUCGCCUAGUAAGUCGAGAUCGCUGCGAAAAACUGUCUAGAACGGCCAUCGCGUGAGGUCUGAAUUUCUCUUCACAGAUUCCUCCGAUAUGCCGCCGGACGAAGAGCGCAUUAUCCAGUUCCACGAGAUGGGACUGGACGAGCGCAUUGUGAAAGCUAUCGCUCGACUUGGGUGGAAGCAGCCGACGCCGAUACAGGAACAGGCUAUACCUUUCGCACUGAAAGGCAAAGACAUACUCGCCAGAGCUCGGACAGGCUCCGGGAAAACGGCGGGAUUUGCAGUGCCGGCGAUACAAAAAGUGUUGGAAGCGAAAGCACAAGGUUCCAGCCAGAAUGUCACAGUCUUGGUCCUGGCUCCAAGCAAAGAGCUCUGCAAACAAAUUUGCCGGCACUUCGUUGCGCUCGGUCAGUGUUGUGGCGGGCUGGUACAGGUUGUCGACGUCGCUGAGCAUGUUCAAUUGUCGGUCCUUCGACCGCAACUCCUCGAGAAACCUGACGUCGUUGUCGGUACCCCCUCUCGGAUCCUGGCUCAUAUCAAGGCCGGGAAUCUGGAUGUGAGCUCCUUGAAAAUUCUGAUGGUUGACGAAGCAGAUCUUGUUUUCACAUUCGGACAAGAGAAGGACACCGAGCAGUUGCUGAAACAGCUUCCACCGAUAUACCAAGCAAUCGUCUCCUCUGCGACCCUCAAUGAGGACGUCCUAUCCUUGAAGAGGCUUGUCCUCCAUAAUCCAAUCACGCUCCGUCUAGAUGAGAACUCGCUGACCGACAAUGAAGGAUUGACUCAAUAUGUGGUGAAAUGCGAGGAGCUCGACAAGCAUGCUAUCCUGGCUGCUCUGUUCCAGCUGAAAUUGAUCAAGGGAAAAACUCUCAUCUUUCUGAAUUCGGUCGACCGGGGAUAUCGCACAAAGCUAUUCUUGGACCAGUUCGCGGUGCGGAGUUGCGUGCUGAAUAGCGAACUGCCUCUUUCCUCACGACAGGUGGUGAUCGAUAGAUUCAACGAGGGACGUUACGAUGUGAUCGUUGUUACGGACGACAGUAACCUGGAAGCCUCACAGAAAUCAAAGAAGAAGAAAGGGUCCAAACAGAGGCAAAACGAGGGGGAAUUCGCGGCGAGUCGUGGUCUCGAUUUCCAAUUCGUCUCCAAUGUAAUCAACCUCGAAUUUCCCCCGAGCGUGGAAGCUUAUGUUCAUAGGGUUGGACGGACCGCUCGAGCUGGCAACAAAGGGACGGCGUUGAACUUCGUAUCAGUUCGAGAAAUGCCCAUUUACAAGGAAGUUGAAGCUCGGAUGAUUGCCGAGAAGAAGAACAUGUUCAAACCGUAUCGAUUCAAAAUCGAUGAGAUCGAGGGAUUCAAAUAUAGAGCUCAAACGGCACUGAAUUCCCUUCAGAAGAAAGUAAUCAGGGAUGCACGGCUCAGAGACAUCAAAGAGGAAAUGCUGAAUAGUGAGAAAUUGAAAACCUUCUUCGAAAGUAACCCCAGAGAGACCUCGCUGCUCCGCCAUGACCGUGCUUUGCGUACCAAGGGUGCCAAGCACACAAGUUUGAAACAUGUGCCCGAAUAUAUUGUGCCACCCACUCUGCAACGGAUCAUGCAGAUCACCAACCGGAAAAGGAGCUGUGUGGAGGAAACGGAGCAGCCUGAAGCUGAACCUCGACCUGUGAAGCGGUCAAGAUCCAAGGGAAAAACGAAGCGGAAAGAUCCAUUGAAAAGCUUCACGUUUCGUUCCAAAUAAAUUGUUGGUUUUUCA